AUGCUCUUCAAUUUAAUUAAAUUCCAAUUUUUAAAUAAAAUGCAUAAAAGCAGAUGCUUGCUCAAUAGUAAAUUUAAAAUUUACAAUUUUCAAUUAAAACUUUUUUACGCAAUGCAUGGCUGUAAUUCCGUGUUUUCUCCUUUCCAUUUUGAUUAUCUUUUACAGCACUUAUUAAACUCCAAUUUAACAUAUUUUAUUAAGCCAGAGAAUAUUAAAUUUUCUUCAAAAUUAUUAUUUAUUUCCUAUCCUUUAAAUUCGCUUUUUAAAUUCAAAAUCCUUUAA